CACACACUUUCUCUUUCCCUUAGCUGUGCUUUUGUGUUUUGUCAGAAUUAAUGAGAAAAGUUCCCUUGCCCUAGGGGUAAUUAGUGUCCUUGGAGUUAAAUAAGCUAAUACUUAGACACCUCUGGCACAAGCAAUUAUGUUUGUGUAUUGAAUAAUUGAUUCAAAGAGGGGGGAAGGGCUGCUAAUCAGAUCUGAGCAUAAUGAAUUGAUUUAAUUAACAGGGGAAUCCUUGGGUCGCUGCGAAAGAAGCGUGCGCGGCGCAUUUAUUGCUCAGAGCAGAGCGGGGCGCGCACAGACGCGGGCACACGGGCGGCGUGAGCACUUUGUCACAUUUGCAAUUGGAUUUGUUUGAACGUAGUUGUCGUCUCGGAGCAAAUGAGAGCGAGAGGGAGAGCGUAUUAACAUCCCGGAGAAAAGAGAGCAUCAAGCCGGCUCGGCGUGCGCCUCAUCCGCCUUCCAGCGCGCACCGCACAGCACUGUUUAGUCCACAUUUGACGUCGCCUCUAUUAUUCGCAUGGAAGUCAUUCAAAGCGGUUCGGGCUUAUUUAUUUGGGCGAGCAGCUCAAGUGUGGAGUCGCGUAUCCGGCCACGGCACUCAGCGUCGUAACUAUCGUUCGUAUUUCUAGAGAAAGGUGCUUUCUUUUCGCCGUGCACAAGCACAUCGAGACAUUCCCCGGUGAGAAGCUCCGCCGCGCAGCCUCCUGGAGCCAAGGACGGAUCGGCCGGGGAAGGACUCCUCGUUCCUCAGGACCAUGGUGCUGGACAAGGAAGAGGGGAUGGUGCCAUGGGGAGGUUCUGUUCCACCCAAAUUGACACCCAAGUGUGUUGACAGCGGUGUGCCGAUGCUCUCCGUCCAGCCCAAAGGGAAACAGAAGGGGUGCGCUGGCUGCAAUCGCAAGAUUAAAGACCGCUACCUACUCAAGGCCCUGGACAAAUACUGGCAUGAGGACUGUCUCAAAUGUGCCUGCUGCGACUGCCGCCUUGGGGAGGUGGGCUCCACCCUUUAUACGAAAGCCAACCUCAUCCUGUGUCGCCGGGACUACCUGAGGCUCUUCGGGACUACGGGAAACUGCGCAGCCUGCAGUAAACUGAUCCCAGCCUUUGAGAUGGUGAUGAGAGCCAGAGAUAAUGUUUACCAUUUGGACUGUUUUGCCUGUCAGCUUUGUAACCAGAGGUUUUGUGUGGGCGACAAGUUCUUCCUCAAAAACAACAUGAUUUUGUGUCAAAUGGACUAUGAGGAGGGUCAGCUGAACGGGAGCUUCGAGUCGCAGGUCCAAUAGUGGGAGCCUUGUACCGUGGCAGCGACAAUCAGCUCCACGCGUUGCGCAACACCAUGGAUGUUCUGCUGCACUUGGAAAAAGGCAAGCGUCUGUCUGCUUGCCUGCAAUACUUUUUAAGACCCCUUUAUUAGUUCCUGAGGACUCUAUUGUAAAUGUUCAACUUUUUGCCCCGUCCUACCUUUCUCCCUCCUUCCCUCCCUCACCCCAACACUGAGCAGUUACAAAUGUUGAUGUACAGUUGUGCCUGCUUAGCUGAGCACUGCAUUGCUUGUAUGUUUUGUGAAAUCGGUUUCCGGUUUGUUUUCUUUUAGAAAUGGUUCAUUGGAGGGUAUGUACAGUCUGUUUUCUCUGUAUAUAUAAACUGGAACAUUUAUUUUAUGAAAUGUAAUGCAAUUUUAUUACUAGUGUGGAUUAAAGAUUCUUAAAUGUUCAUAGUGAGCUUUUUUUUCCUCUUGUAUCAAAACCAAAGUUGUCGGAGAGGGAACCCAUCACUUGAUUGAAAUGUAAUCGUGUCUCCAAAACGGCAAUGGUAAAAAGGCCUUGCAAGAGAAAAUUAUAUUUGAAGUACUUCUUGAAAUCAUGAUGCAACAAAACAUGUUUUGUUACAUUUUACAGAGCUCUGAUGGAAUUAGAUAAACUGUUGAAAAUGGAUUAAUAUUUUAUUUGGAAUAAAAGAAUGCUUCUCCAAACUGCGUUGUUGUGGUGAUGAAACUCUCAGUGAAGCGUGGGUUAGUAAUUGUCAUCUGAUAAUGAAUAUGAAGCAGUCUGGAAAUAAAAUACCAAAGGAAACGCGUUUGACAGAUAAACAAGGUUGAGUUUUCCAUAUAUUAGAGGGUGAAGUAAGUAUAAAGUCCAGACAUAUACUUUCAUAACACAAGAGGUAAGUGUUUCAAGUAUGUGGAAAGUGUUGCUUACCCUUUUCAUAUACAUAUGGUAAUAUUCAUAAGAAUUCAAUAUUUCUUUUUUUUUCAUGAUUUUGCUCUUAUUCUAAAGGCAACUGUCCUGGCUGGCAAAAAAUACUAGAAAUUGUCACAUUUCAACCCAAGUGGGACUUUUCUACCGGGACGCAGCACAACAGCAAUAUAAUUUGCUCACACAUAAAUCAAGGGUGUAAAGAGCAUUAAUUAGAAAUGCAUUAAAAAUUCAGUCCCACCAGCAGGUGUUAAAAUAAAGGAUUAGGAAGACAUCCAUUAUACCACAUAAGAGAACAUUUUAAUUGCAAUUUGUGGAUUGAUUUACAGGGGGAAAACAAUCAGCAGCCACGCAAUGAGUCUGAUUGCACAUUUUCUGGGAGGGAAAAAAUAAUGAGGGAACAACGCAACACUGUUCCCAGCAAUUAAUUCACACUUUUACAUCGAUGCAACUUUCCACACAAGCACAAUUUUUGGGUUAAAUUCCAGCAAAAGGUCCAUCCUGAAAACAAUUAAAAGAAAAAGAUGGUUUGAGGAGAGAAAAAAAAACAAGAAUAACGAAUACUAGUGAUUUUUUAUUUUAUUUUAUUAAAUAAUUUGAUUGAAAACAACUACCAUAAGAUCUUAGCGGACUUGGCUAUUCAUGUAGUAACAUUUAAACCUACAGUAUAUCUGGAAAAACAGAAUUGGGGGGACUUUGUCUUUAAAUAUACUGGCUUUCAUUUCAUGACAUUGCAACAUUGGAUUUUUUUUUAAGUGUGCCCCCAAUCCUCCAUUUAAGAGUUGACAUUAUGGAAAAACAGAGUGUUUUUGUUUUUUGUUUUGGCAUUUUCAGCACAGUAUGAGCACCAUUUUCGGAGUGCUUCGCUGUUGGUGUUCGGACAAGUGGACAAAGCUUGUACAGGCAUAGUGGUGUGCAUGUUGCCAACAGCUGGUCUUGCUACUGUUGUAAUAUUUGCACCUUAAUGGUAAAUAUGAACGCGAUGCAUUCACCGAAACAAAAAGCUACAUUCAAAGGAAGUAAAGGAAAUUGAUCGGAUAUGGCCUUGGGUCUCAUCUCAUGUUGAGUCGCAUGAAAUAUACUCCUUAUCAGGGUGCAGAAGUUCUUAAGAAUUCCAUGUUACACUUUGAAAAGUUCUGCUUUUAAAACAAACUCCUUUGUGUUUCUGAUGAUUGUAUUAUGGCAGCUGCUUAAUGAGCUGGGCCUGUGUCAUAUGUUGCACACAGAGGGGGGUCUUAAAAAGAAAAAAAGAAAAGAAAAAAGAGCUCAUCCCUGUUGCUCAUUAUCAGCCUCGAUUCAUGUGACGUUUAAUCUCUCCUGACAGACAUUCCUGGUGACAUGGGGACAGAUGUCAGGAACGUGUGCUCAUAAAGGGUGCACCGAGAAUAAGAAGUAGCCUUCCUGUGCCUUUGAGCCUAUCAACAAGGCAAAUUAAUAGUUAAUAAUUUCAUGAAAGGUUUUGUUUCUUUGUUGAGGAAAGUGAGUUUGCAGCUUAAAGAGUCCACCGUUUUAAGUUAACCCUUUCGUGCAAAUUUUUUAACCAAUAAAGGACAAUCAUUAACUCACUGGCUGCCAUUGACGGCAUCAGACAUCCAAUCCACUUUGACUGGGAGUGGCAAAUGAACAUUUGUUCAUCAUGCCCUCAUGCUUCGGCCUUGACUAGGUGUCCCCUGAGACAGAAUCACUAUAGACCCUACCC